GCUGCAGUAGCACCAAGUUUCUUCCAGGUAUAUUGGAUUUUGGAGAGCAAAGCAAGGGAUGUAUUACAGGGAAAAUACAGCUGAACAUGCUUUCCAGCGCCUGGGGCCUUGGCAGCAAGUUUUGGUGCUAUUCUGAGGUGUCUACCAGUCAUGAAGGAGGAGGCAGUAUGUUAUUCUGUGCUUUACUCCAGGAAUCUUGUAGAUAGACUGCAGAUAAACAAAAGCCUAUGAGGACUUGUGCCUCCCUGCUCACAGAUGGAAGAUUCCAAGGAAAAAAUAAUCCUGAAUGUUGGGGGAGUUAGAUAUGAAACGUACAGCAGCACUCUCCGCACCUUCCCAGGGACCAAGCUGUGCAGCCUCACGGAGCCGCAUGCCCUGAGCAUCUACGACUAUAAUCCUGUCACCAAAGAGUUCUUUUUUGAUAGGAGUGCUGAGAUCUUCAGCUAUGUGUUGAACUACUAUAGGACCAAACAUCUCCACUGUCCUAUAGAUACCUGUAGGUCCGUCUUAGAAGAAGAGCUGGCAUUCUGGGAAAUAAAUGAGACACAGCUAGCAUCCUGUUGCUGGCUGAAGCUGAAUAACAAAGAGGUGCAGCCAGAGGAGUUUCACAUUUGGGAUGAAAAUAAUCAGGCUGAUGACCAGUGUCUCAUAGUCCAGACAGAAAGAAUAGAUCUCAGCUGGAGAACCAGGUGGCAGCCGAAGAUCUGGUGUAUCUUUGAAAAACCCUUUUCCUCUUUCAGUGCUAAGUGCCUGGCUGUUGUUUCUCUGCUGUUCAUCAUUGGAAUUGUCGUCAUAUUCUGUGAGGAGACCAAGGCACAAUUUGAGUUCUUCACUGCUAACUUCACCUUUGUUGGCCAUUCUGAGGUCUCCCAUAACUACCAUGAACCCUAUUACCACCAGGCUGCCUACUUGCUUCAUCUGGAGCUUUUCUGUGUCCUUUGGUUUACUUUUGAGUUCUCAAUGCGAUUUUGUGUCUGCCCAGACAAAAAGAAAUUCUUCCAGAAUCCCCUGAACAUGGUUGAUUUCCUCUCCCUCUUCCCAGUUUAUAUUGAACUCUUUGUGGGUGGGCAGAUUCAGAAAAUGCCAAGUUUGGGGCUUUGGCUGGGCUUUAUUCGCGUUAUCUAUCUCCUCAAACUCCUGAAGAUAUCCAAGCUGAUAGAAACCCCUCUGAUCCUGAGAGUUCUAUCCUACACCCUCAAGUCUAUCCUCCGAGAGAUCUGCAUCCUGCUGAUGAUUUUGGCCUUUGAGACCCUUUUCUUUGGCUCUCUGUUUUUCUAUGGGGAGUUGCUCUGUAGCAAUCCUUCCUACACAGGGGAGCUGCAUUUCACUGACAUUUUCAUCUGCUUCUGGUGGGCUCUAAUCACACUCACUACAGUGGGCUACGGAGACAUCAUCCCUCUCACCACUGUUGGCCAAGUGACGGCGGCCUUAGCCGCAGUAUUUGGCAUGUUAACUAUUAUCAUCCCAAUCCCCAUUUUCCUGGUGAAAUUUAAAAACUAUUAUGCCAUCGCUAUCUUCAAACAGAAGCUGAAAAGGUGUAAGAACUAUUAACUCUAUUUAUUUUAGAACUUCUGUCCCCCUUUGUCCUUGAGCAAUAAACCUUCAGCAUGGUUUAUUCCCUUUGGUGGGAAGAGAGAGCAUAUAGUCUUUGCUGCACUUAAUUGCUGAACAACUGCUCGGACCUGUUGAAUUCCGUGAGUCUUUCCCAUACUGUACCUCAUCCCGUGCUCUUAUGUGCCACAGUGCCUCUAUGUCUCUUCCUCCCCCACCUUCCCCCCGCUUUUCUGUCUUCACAGAGAGGAUCUGUAAUGCUGCUUUAAAGCCUGGACGUGCAUCAUGUAGAGCAGUAUCAUGUUCUGGGGCCACAGUGGGUCCCUCAGCUGAUGCACACCCUCUGAUGCCCGCUCUGCCCUCUAUCACCUGACAGGCCAUAAUCUCAUUUUACAUGCUAGGAAAAAAAGGUUUGUGCAGGGUCCUGAACUGAAGCUGGAGAGGAAUUGGGGAUUUUUUUAACGUUCUGUUUCCUCAUUUUAUAUUUUAUUAAUGAGGCCAGUACAUCCAAUUUGCCUGUACUCACAUAUUGGUGUAAAGAAGGGAGCAGGCUUAGUUGGACAUCUGUGGUCCUGAGAACCAGCACUGUUUGUUAGCCUGCUCUGGCAUUCAGACAGCAAUAAGGGAGCCCUCCAACCACAAAUCCUUUUGAGCUCUGCUGAAGUGAAUAGCAAUGUUUCCUUGACCUCAGUGAGAUCAAAGUUUCAUUGGCCACAUCUAGCUGAUCAACGCUUAAAGAUUUUUAUGUAACAAAAUCGCUGAGCUGUUAAUCAAAAUAUCUAUGUAGUUUUUGCUUUCUUGUUUUCUGAAAGGAAGAACAUAAUCUGAAGUACUUGGUAUAAUUUUAAUGCGUUUAUUUCCUUAAGGCAUAGUUAUAAAGUAGAAAUAUUUAUCUUUUAACUGGAUAGCCUUAAUUGUUACAUAUUGCUGAGGUAUGAAAAAAGUAAUCACAUCCCAUUGUUAAUGUAGCAGGGGUGAUGAGCUAAGAAUAUUUUGUUUAAUGAUUAGAAAUGACUGUACACAAUAACAUGUAUGUAUUUAAAUUCCAUUAAGACUGUAUUUUAAUUGCAA